UGAGCAUAUUUAACAAACUUCCCAUAUAAUGUCAAAUUUCGCCGCCACAAUCAUAUAAAUAUACAAUGUAUCGAGAGAGAUUUUGUAGUUCACGGCGGAAUUGUCCAUCUGCUCUCGUGGCUCGUUUUACACUCCUUGCAGUCGAUUGCGUUGCGGCUUUUGUGCUCUGUCGAAAGAGGAAAGAAGAAGCAAGUGGAAGGAGAAUCGAGCGAAAGGCGAGGGAGAAAUGGCCACCAUCCUUGCGUUCGGCGCUUACCACUUUCCCAUUUCCGACCAAUCCCUACCUCUCUUUCUCCUCCGCUACUCCCCAAUCCCCACCCCUUACCUUGGCUCCGUAUCCUCCGGCUGUCGAUAUAGGCGGCUUCAGUUCUCUGUAUCCGCCUCCAGAGACCGGAAGGUCGAAGAGAAGUCAUCUGAUGAUCGGCGUGCCGGUACCCUAGCUGGCGGGCGGCGGAGCUUGGGAAUGGAAGUUCGAAAGCAGGUCGAAAAGGGCUUGGCGAGUGAAGACGGAGUAGUGGAUUUUGAAUGGAAGUGGCCUUUGUGGAAGGAGCUGCCGAUGCGUUAUAAGCUCAUCGGGACGACAUCCCUUGCUUUCGUUGUUUGCAACAUGGAUAAGGUUAACUUGAGUGUUGCCAUAAUUCCUAUGUCACAUCAGUUUGGAUGGAACUCGUCCACUGCUGGCCUUGUCCAGUCUUCAUUCUUUUGGGGAUAUGCGCUGAGCCAAUUGCCUGGGGGAUGGCUAGCCAAGUUAUUUGGUGGAAGGAAAGUCCUUGAAGUUGGAGUCUUGUCAUGGUCUUUGGCCACAAUACUUGUUCCUAAUUCAGCAGGAUUUAUGCCUGGUUUGGUUCUUUCAAGAAUUUUGGUUGGGAUUGGAGAAGGUGUUUCCCCAUCAGCAGCAACUGACCUAAUUGCCAGAUCUAUUCCAUUACAAGAACGCUCCAGAGCAGUUGCAUUUGUUUUUGGAGGUCUGAGUGUAGGAAGUGUCUUGGGGCUUCUCUUUGCCCCUCCCAUUAUCCAAGCGUGUGGUUGGGAAUCUGUUUUUUAUAUAUUUGGCAUUCUUGGAAUAAUUUGGUGUUUGGCAUUCAAGUUCGUUAAAGAGGCUCAGCCACCACUUGACGCUAAAGAGGAGUUCGUUAAAGAGGCUCAGCCACCACUUGACGCUGAUUACUUUGAUUUUAGAGAAAGGCCCAUGGAUGUGGUUGACCAUUUCGUGGUUUCUAAACCUGAGGAGAAGUCACGGAGUUCAUCAUUUGAAGAAUUAAGUAAUUCACUUAAGGACGUGCCAUGGAGAGCAUUUUUCAGAAGUCGGGCAGUAUGGGCAAUGGUGUAUGCUCAUUUUUGCGGAAGUUGGGGACAUUAUACCUGUUUAUCCUGGCUUCCUACAUAUUUUGGUGAAGAGCUUGGCUUAAACUUGACAGAAGCCGCAUGGGUCUCAAUACUCCCUCCUUUGGGUUCAAUUCUGGUCACAUCUAUUGCAGCAUUAUUUGCUGACAACUUGAUCUCCAAUGGAGUUGAAACUACAACUGUACGAAAAACUUGCCAAACAAUUGCUUUUUUGUCACCUGCAAUUUGCAUGACGCUUUCCUCUUUGGAUCUAGGGCUGCCUCCUUGGGAAGUUGUUGGUGUUCUUACUUGUGGUUUGGCACUAUCAAGCUUCGCAUUAUCGGGACUUUAUUGCACCCAUCAAGACAUUUCUCCCGAGUAUGCUAGCAUUCUUCUGGGUAUUACAAACACAGUAGGGGCGGUACCUGGAAUCGUUGGUGUUGCGCUCACCGGCUAUCUUCUCGAUUCAACUCAUUCAUGGGGUCUAUCACUGUUUGCACCUUCAAUUUUCUUCUAUCUAACGGGCACAGUUGUAUGGUUAUUAUUUGCCAGUAGUAAGCCUCAAACCUUUACCUAAAUUGAUUUAGGCUUCGUUUGGGACGGCUUUCUUAUUGUUUCUUAAAACAACUUUAGUAUAAAAAUUUUAAUUUUUUACUAGAAAGUUGCUUUAAAAAGUAGUAAAAAGCCGUCCCAAACGAAUUGAUCUACUGGUUAUGAAAUGACUCUAAUGGAAUCAGUCCAAGAUUUUCUUACUGG